AUGAAGAUCACCAAGCUCUUCAGCGCUUCGGUCGCUGCCUACGCUACCGCGGCCAUUGCGACUGCUCCCAACCUUGCUGCCCGCGACGAAGCUGUUGGCUUGUUGGCUGCUCGAGGCUUCUCUCAUGAAGAAAUCAACGAUCUCAUCAAUCUCUUGCCUCGUCAAGAUGCCGCGGCUACAAUCACCGUCUACCCUACCACUUGCGCCCCAUAUGGUGUUCCUCCGGUUUCUGAACCUGCUCCUCCCCCACCUGCCACUCCGUCUCAGGUCACAUUCACUUCCUCCACUACCAUGACUUCCACCGUCGUUUCCACCACUCCUGCGACUCCUUUCGAGACGCCAUCAACUCCAGUCGUACCCCCACCAACCACCACUACUGUCGAGACUCCAGCUGUUCCAUCCGCUAGCACUCCAGUCGAAACCAGUGUCCCAGUCACACCAGUCCCGACUACUCCAACUCCAGCCACUCACAGCAGCUCUGUUGUCCAGACUACGGCAUCCUCGACUCCCACUCAUACGAGUGUCUCGACUGCAACUUCUACUCACACCACCAUUACAGCCUCCACGUCUUCUGGUAUUCCACCUGCUCCUAGCAAUGGUGCCAACAAUGCCGCUGUUAACCUUGGUGUCCUUGGUGUGUUUGCAGUCCUGGCCUUGGCCUGA